AUGUAUUUUAUAAUAGCCUUAUUUGUAAUAAUCUUUGCAGCUGCAUUUUGGAUUGUUUCAAAAAACAAAUCUAGAGGUUAAACUAUUAAUGCUGAUAAUUCAGUAAUAUUUAUUGUAGGAGAUAAAAAUGCAGGAAAAACUUCAUUAUUAUAUUGCCUAUCAAAUUAAAAUUCCUCAAUUCAAACUACUAAUUCAAUUGAACCAAAUUAAACAGAAUUAAUCAAACAAAAUAAUUAAAGUGUAAUUGUAGUAGAUGUACCAGGAAAUAUUUAUCAAAAAGAAUAGUUUUUAAAUAAAAUAUAAGAAGCAAAUAAAAUAAUAUUAGUUAAAGACUCAUCGGAAACCUCAUAAAUAGGAGCAACAGGAGUCAUCUUAUAUAAUAUAUUAAUUUCUAUUCCAUUUUAGAAAUCAAGAAUCCCAAUUUUGAUAGUUUUGAAUAAAUAGGAUAAAGAAAAAGCAUAUAAGGCUCCUGAUUUCGAGAUGUUUUUAUCAAGGGAAAUGUAAAUAUGCAUUAUGCAAUUUUUAAAAGGAAAUAAUACUAAAAAGUUCGAUAACAGAUGGAAAACGGAUGCAUAUUGA